GUGUGCCCAUGCAAGCCCUGCACAACCACACUUGCCCAGACUCAAGUGCGCACUGCCGUGCUCUGGCGGUGAGGGGGUGAGUGAGGGGCAGGCUCCAACUCCCCUUGGAGUGGCGCCUUCCAAACAGGAAAGUCUCCUUGCGUUGCUCAGGAGCCUGGAGCCAAUGCCUGCAUGGGAGGAGGGCUGCCUGGAGCCCCGUACAGAUUGGUGCUGAUGCUUCUCACCAGUUGUAUGUGCAAGAAAAAAACCAGAGACGCUGCCUGCCUGCUCCCAUCUCGCGCGCGCUCUCCUCUGCUCUCUCCCUCCCUUUGCAAACAUUGGAUUUAAACCUGCUCAGAAUUCAGCACAGAGGAAGGCAGCAGCGGCAGUGGCAGCAGAAGCAGCGGCGAGCCGGGCAGCUGAGCGCCAACGCCGCAGCAUCGAGAUGUACCAUCCCGCCUGCUGGAUCGUCUUCUCCGCCACGACUGCCCUGCUCUUCAUCCCAGGAGUGCCCGUGCGCAGCGGAGAUGCCACCUUCCCCAAAGCCAUGGACAACGUGACGGUCCGGCAGGGGGAGAGCGCCACCCUCAGGUGCACCAUAGAUGACAGAGUCACUCGGGUGGCCUGGCUAAACCGCAGCACAAUCCUCUAUGCUGGAAACGACAAGUGGUCCAUAGAUCCACGUGUCAUCAUCCUGGUCAACACGCCAACCCAAUACAGCAUCAUGAUCCAAAAUGUGGAUGUGUAUGACGAAGGUCCCUACACCUGCUCUGUGCAGACAGACAAUCACCCCAAAACCUCACGGGUCCACCUCAUUGUGCAAGUUCCUCCCCAGAUCAUGAACAUCUCCUCUGACAUCACCGUGAACGAGGGAAGCAGUGUGACCCUGUUGUGUCUUGCAAUUGGUCGACCAGAGCCAACUGUGACAUGGAGACACCUGUCAGUUAAGGGCCAGGGAUUUGUGAGUGAGGAUGAAUACCUGGAAAUCUCCGACAUCAAACGAGACCAGUCUGGGGAGUACGAGUGCAGUGCUCUGAAUGACGUAGCUGCACCCGAUGUGCGGAAAGUGAAAAUCACCGUGAACUACCCUCCCUACAUCUCCAAAGCCAAGAACACUGGGGUCUCGGUUGGUCAGAAGGGCAUCCUGAGCUGCGAAGCAUCUGCAGUCCCCAUGGCCGAUUUCCAGUGGUUCAAGGAAGACACCAGGUUAGCCACUGGUCUGGACGGUGUGAAGAUUGAGAACAAAGGUCGCAUAUCCACACUGACCUUCUUCAAUGUCUCAGAGAAGGAUUAUGGGAACUAUACUUGUGUGGCCACAAACAAGCUUGGGAACACCAAUGCUAGCAUCACAUUGUAUGUAUUAAACCAAACCAACUAA